ACAACAAACAAAACGCCAAAAGUUAAAGGCCAAAGCAAAGCCUUUGAGCUGCCACUCACAUUCCAAAUCCCAGUCUUUUUAUGUAAUGUAAAUCAAGGUUAAUUUUUCACAAAACACACAGAAAAUCAACUUGCAAGAUGGAAGCACGAGGAGCACUUAGCGAGGGUCAGGCCAAGGCACAAGCCAUGAGCAUGGAAAUGUCGAAUGAAUUCAUUACACUGACCAAGGCAAGUGCCUCGGGAAUGGAAGACUUCGUUAGGGGAAUGGACAUCGCAAUGCGGGAUAAUAGCACAUUGGCUGAAAAAAGUCCAAGGACGAUGCAGAACCAGGAGAAGCCAAAUAUGGUGGCGGAGGUUGCCAGAGGAGAUCAUUCCCCAACUGAUAAUAGUAUCCAGCAGAUAGAACAGGGACAGACCCCAGUAGAAAGGCCCAAAAAUGAAUCAAAUGCUCGAACAAAUGCCGAGGCAGAGGAAACGGAACACACCGAGGACCAAGUGGACAAGUCCAGUAGAAACGAAGAUGAGGCCAGAGAGCUCCUUGCAAGCGAAGAACCCGAGAAAAAAGAAGCCACUAAAAUGAUCGAGAAAGGACAGGCCAACGAAGAACUAUCUGAAACAUAUGGAGAACACUCCACGACAGCGGAGGAGAAGGCCAAAAUAAAGGAAAGAGAGGCUAAAGAACAGGCAAAAAAGGAGACCGCAAUGGCCAGGGAAGAACGGAAAUUGAAAGAGAAACAGGCCAAAGAAGAGAAAAAACGAGCACAGCUAAACGUUUUAAUGGAAGAGGCCAGAAGAGGAAACGAGUCCAGUCGCAAGAGCCCUCAGCCAGAGAUCAAAGAAGGCGGAACCAUGUCUGAGCCCAGUGCCCAGGCGGGGACGGAGCACGUUGAACCCACUGGCAUGGAACAGGUCGCGAUGACGGAAAAGAAGGUGAAAAAGCCAAAAAAAGGGAAGGCAGCAAAGUGGAAAGUGGAUAGUGUCAAGAUGAAAGAGGAUAUGGAACAAUUUCUGGAUGGAAUCAAGGCACUGGAAAAGAAGCAACGAGAGCAAGACAGAGAGGAAGCCGAGGAGGCGGCUGACAUUGUCUUCGAUGAUGAAAAUAUAAGAGGCUGGAAAGCCGUACUGAAGGAAUUGAGCCAGACAUCCUCAUUCUCGGCGGCCACCGCGAGCCUCAGUUCAUCCCAAUUGUCUUCGGCGCCAAGAACGGUUGUGCGCGCCAUACUCCGUCGCGCGGCAAAAAUGGAGUACAAGAACCAGUUGGAAGUGCUCAAGGAGACCUACAACUACCGCAUCUGCCUGCUGAAGAAGCUCAAGCUCGACAUUAAAUCAAACUUCAAGAGCGAGGCCCGGGAGCUCCACACGGUGUACAAAAAGAUCAGACCACCAAAGUUCUGAAAUUCUUUUUAAUCAGACCCUCCAACAAUAUGGAACAGAACAACACCAUCGACAGAGCCCUUAGAUUCUGAAUUCCGAAGCAGUUCAAAGUUAAGAUACCCCAGUUACGGCCUUGUACGUAAUAUGGAAAACCAUCAGGAAAUAUCAGCGACUGCCAGUUGGGAAUCAGCACUGAAUAACUUUAGUUUCAGAUCUUGGCCGAAGAACGGCAAUCGGGCCGACUUACUUUCAUUUAAUAUGCGCAUUUCAUUCUCCCUUCGCAUAGCGGAAAGCGGAAAGCCGAAAGCCCUCUGUUUACACUUGCUACAAGCUACAAGCUACAACACUGAGCUGCAUCUCAUUAGGAGUGCAGCCCACUUUCGUUUUAAUGAAGCAACCGGACUGGAGUCGCGAUGGUAUGCAACAGCUUUGUCCGCUGACUUUUGCGGAGCAAAUUUAAAUUUGUGCCACUUCUGUUAUUGCACGUUGAAAUUAAAAAAAAAAAAAAGAAACUCCGCUCCACCCCAUAGA